AUGUUCAAUCUAUUCAGGAACUUCAAGACCUCAACAGAGAUCCUCCAGCUCAGUGCUCUGCAGGUCCAGUGGGAGAUGAUUCCUGACAGUCCAUACCAAGGUGGAGUGUUUUUCCUCACUAUACAUUUCCCCACUGAUUAUCCAUUCAAGCCACCAAAGGUAGCAUUCACAACAAGGAUAUAUCAUCCUAACAUCAAUAGCAAUGGGAGUAUUUGCUUGGACAUUCUUCGUUCUCAGUGGUCUCCUGCCCUCACUAUCUCCAAAGUUCUACUCUCCAUCUGCUCAUUGCUAUGUGAUCCGAACCCAGAUGACCCAUUGGUCCCUGAGAUAGCCCGCAUCUACAAAACGGACAAACAGAAGUACAAUGAGCUGGCUCGGGAAUGGACUCGCAAGUACGCCAUGUGAUGAAGACCACCCUAUCCUAUCCUGUCAUCCCCUCCCUCCCAGUUGCCCAUUGCCCUAUCUCCCUUCCUCCUCACUUCCCAUCCAAUCCUUCCUUCCCUCUUCAUAUUUUCAAUUUCUUUCUCUCUCUCCAUUUGCUCAUUGCCUUUUGUUUCAUUUCCCACUUUCAUGUUUCAUCCGUGAGCCUCUCCAGAAUCUGCCUCUAUCUGGUUUGCUUGAAUAGAUGUGAAAAAAGAAACACUUGUGAAAGCUGUCUUGGGUCUCUGUAAGUUGAAUGAGGAUUUGUCCCGGUUGAACAAUUUAUAAACCCAUCUUUCAUCCUUUUUUUUUUAAUUAUCUUUGGUGAUAGUAAAGUGAGAGUUGCCAUCACAUGAGUUUUUUGACACUUGGCCCUUUCAGCAGGCAGACGAGAGAAACCAAGACAAUAGUAAAAUUUGAUUUAAAAAAAAAAAGAGAGAGAAAGAAAUUCAGGCUAGCUGGAAUGCAAUUUCUGAUGAGGGUUUGAUAUAGUGGAGUAAAGAGAAAUCUGCCUCUCAGUCUCUUUCGAUGUCAUUGCAAGAUUUGUACAAUUUCCAUUCAUUGAUUCACAUGUGAAUACUAUCCUGAGGACAUCUGUGUGUUUUCCUCUCUCAGGACUAAUUCUCAUCACUCCAGCUAUCCAUGUCCUCAUCUUACCUUAGUGAAUUCAAAGCAAAUCUUGCCUGGAGAAUUUCAAUUCUCCUCUUUAAUCACAUGUUGAGUAAUUUUUCCUUGCUGAGCCUGACAAGUAACAUACUACUUCAUAUUAUAAUUAUCACAUGAUGUUCCACAGGAGGAAAAAUUGUACUGGUAAUGAGUUCCUUGGUAAAUACAUACCUUAAAGAUAAGGCUCCAUGUUUGUCAAGUGAAGGUUGUCUAAAGGCAUAAUAGCCAAUUUAAGGAUUAAAGGUUCUGUCAGUCUGUCACUGGUUGCAUUGCCAUUAUCAAUCUGCCUCCAAUGUGACUUUAACCCUUUCAAACCCUGUGUCCACUCAAAUCAGCACC